CAGGUAGUGAGACAGGCUUCUAAAAAACCUUAGUGACCUCUUUGGUAGUAGCGAGGUCAAAAAGAGGAAAGUGUUGAGGGAGGUUUAGUAUAAGGUAUGCCAAGUGGGAUGUCUCUGCAGUGGUGAUGUCCCUACGAAUUGCAUCAAUCUUGUUUUUGAAAUGAUUUGUAAUCUCAUAGCAGUGAAUGAGGUUCUGGGUGGAGGUGGAGAAAGUAGAGAGUUAAAAGUAGAGAAGAGACGACGAGGACUGGAUGAUGACAAGGUAUUGAUGAGAGUGACAAAGUAGGCUUGUUUGGC